ACCUUUCAAAAUAUAAGAGAAAAAAUUAUACUACCCUACUCUUAACUACACAUCCAAACACACCCUCCCUCCUCUUCCUCUUCUUUUAAUAUCUCUCUCUUUUUCUCCUUCCAUAAUCAAAAAAGAAUAAACUUGAAGUUGCUCAACCAAAAUCUAAAGGUACUCACCAUCAUCAACUCUCCUUUCUCUACUUUUAGUAACCGUUAACAUUUCCAUACUUCCUUCUUCUCUCUAAACAUGGUAAAUCAAUUAAAUUAGACCAUAUUUACAAAAACAAAGAAUUCAAAAAGGCACGUAUUUUUUAGAAUUUGAAGAUUUGGAGGUUGUUUUCUACUUGUUUUCAUUAUUGUAAAGGUUAAAAUGUCUAAGAAAAAAGGGGGCAUAUUUAGGCAAAGUAUAUUAUUAUAUUAAAAAAAAAAAACAAAAGUUGGGUUUUUUUUUUUUUUUUUUUUAUUGGUAUUAAUCUUGUAUGUAUAAAAUGGAUACUCAUCAACAUCACCAUCAUGAUCAAUUGUUGGAAGAAAAAUCAUCAAGGGAAAACAAUAUGAUGGUAUCAUCUUCUUCAUCAAAUUUUUCCUACUCAAAUGUUGUUCCUCAUCAUUUAGGUGUAACCCAUAUACAAAAUUUUGAUUCAGACCCUGAAAUCUACAACUUAACUAGUGGUAUAGAAAUGAUAGGGUUUCAACCAAAAGCACCCAAUAAUACCCACCAUCAUGAUCAUCAUAAUCAUGAUGAUCAAAUUCAAACUUUAAUGGUAUCCUCAUCCCAAAAACAACAACAUCAACAAAUGGGUAAUUUUAUGGAGGAUUCUUCAUUAAGGCCAUGUGUGUUCCCUUGUGAAGGAAAUGAAAGACCAAGUCAAGGGUUAUCACUUUCUCUAUCUUCUUCAAACCCAUCAACUAUUAGCCUUCAAUCCUUUGAAUUAAGACAUAAUCACCCUCAAAUAUUUAGCCUUUCUUCUCCUUCAUCAAAUUCUAGAGAUGAAUUUUCUGGAAAGUCUCAAUCUUUUCAUCAUCAUCAUCAUCAAGAUAAUCAACAAAGUCAAGUUUUUCUUGGGAAAAGUGUUGUAGGUGGAAGUACAAGUCUCCAUCUACAGUUUGAGUUUAGGAAUUGUAAGUACAUGGAACCUGCUCAAGAGCUUUUGAAUGAGUUUUGUAAUAUUGGAACAAAGCUAAACCCAAAUGAUCCAAAAGGGAAAAAACCUCAAUCAAAGAAGAACAAAGAUCAAUGGGAGUUAGAUGAAGGUGGUGGUGAUCACGAAUCAAAUUUGAAUAAUACUAACAAUAACAAUGCAAGUAGUAGCUCUUCUUCAAGCAAUGCAUUGUAUGGUGUUAGUCUCUUGGAAUUGCAAAAGAGGAAGACAAACUUGCUUGGCAUGUUAGAAGAGUUGGACAGAAGGUACAAGCACUAUUGUGAACAAAUGAAAGGAAUUGUAGCUUCAUUUGAAGCAGUGGCCGGUCAUGGGACAGCCAAUGUCUACACUACCUUAGCCUCCAAGGCAAUGUCAAGGCAUUUUAAGUGUCUAAGAGAUACAAUUGUGGGUCAAAUCAAUGAAACCAAGAAAGCCAUGGGUGAAAAAGACUCAAAUAAUUCAACAAUUCUUGGAACUACAAGAGGAGAAACUCCAAGACUUAGAAUUUUAGACCGAAAUCUAAGACAACAAAGAGCUUAUCAACAAAUGACUAUGAUGGAAACUCAUCCUUGGAGACCACAAAGAGGCUUACCCGAACGAUCCGUUUCUGUUCUUCGCGCUUGGCUCUUUGAACAUUUUCUCCAUCCGUACCCAAGCGACAUUGAUAAGCACAUAUUAGCCCGCCAAACUGGUCUUACUAGAGGUCAGGUGUCUAAUUGGUUUAUUAAUGCAAGAGUAAGGCUAUGGAAACCAAUGGUGGAACAAAUGUACUUAGAAGAAACUAAAGAAGAGCAAGAUAACAUGGGACCGGCCUCCUCGGAGAAUCCUACUCAUCUUAUUUCUGAAGACCUAAAACCGGAUCCGGAACAACUUAUUCGGGUUGACCCGGAUUCCCUUUCUUCUAUUGUCAACCCUUCAAGACAAAAUGGGCAUUUCAUGGGUCGGAUUGAGGGUUUUGGAUUCAUCGAUCAUUUGGAUUAUCAAAAUGACGAAUAUACCCUUCACCAAGGUUUUGGAGGUGGUAUUAGUAGGGGUAACACUAACAAUGUGUCAUUAACAUUAGGGUUACAACAAAAUGCUGGUGGAAAUGGUGUGAGCUUAGCAUUUUCUCCGGCGUCAGCGUCGGGAACGGCUUCUCUUUUCUUCCCUAGAUCAAAUCAAAUGAAUCAAGAUUGUCAACCUAUGAAUGAUCAAUAUUCUCUUUUGGAUGGAGAUCAUCAAGGGCAUAGUUUGCCUUAUAGAAACUUAAUGGGUGCUCAAGUUCUUCAUGAUUUUGCAUAAUUAUGGAAGAUUAAUUAAUUAUUAUAGGUGAGAUGAUCCAUGAUUAGUUUGAUUAAUAUAAGUAUGCAUACUUAAACUUGAGAUUUUUACUUAAAUUUUUAAGGAAUCUCAUAGGUUAUUAGGUUAGGUAGCAAGAAGGGAUGUAUCCUCUUUUUUAUAAACGUACUCAUAUAAUUUUAUGUAUAGUACUUUUAUAAUUAAUUCAUAUACAUGCAAAAAUAGCUAAACAGUGGGAGGUGGGACUUGUUGGUAAGUGAUCAUGGAAUAUUUGGGUGGAUGAUAAAGAUAUUUAAGUUGCUUUUAUUUUAUCUUUAAA